AACGUGGAAACGCCUCGGUCGCCGGCUGGCUUCCUCAUUUCCCGCCGUUUCGAGCCUGCCCCCUCAUUUGCUCUUUCUCUGGAUUUUGCCAUGGACUCCUAAGCUCUAUGCCCACUGUGCCAUCCACCGGUGGCUCCUUUUGCUUCAGCUCUGCAGAGCUCUGAAGCUCGGAUCCGUGGAGUUCUGGUUGCAUGACUCGCUUCGUUGUUCAUUCCUUCGUUCGAUGGAGUGAGAGCGGUCUAAACGAAGCAAAAGGGGGCUGAGGCCUCGACGACCGACCGACACACGUCCAACUCAGUACUAUAGAACGGAGGAGGAGAUUGUGGAAGGAGUGAGAGAGGAGAAGCUGAUUAUCGAUCGAGGCGUAGCUGUGCUCUUUGGUCUUUGGCUAAACAGAGUUCGGUAUUUGAAAUUCGAGUGUAUCUUCGGACAUCCAGUCCUGUGCGAGAUCUUCGGCCGUACACACCCGGUGAAGACUUGUCCGGUCUUUGACUGAGAGACGUUCCAAUCAUGGUCACUCCGGUGAAGAAGGUCCCUAUCCAUCUCCAGAGUGCUCAAUGCCGGCUCUUGAUCAAGAACGGAAAAGUAGUCAAUGAAGACGGCAUAGAACAAGUGGAUGUGUAUAUUGAGGAUGCCAGGAUUAAGCAGAUGGGCAACCAUCUCAUUAUCCCGGGUGGAACACGAGUUAUCGAUGCCGCGGGAAAGUUCAUCCUGCCCGGUGGAGUGGAUGCCAAUGUCCACUUUCAAAAGCCCUUCGCCGGGGUGACAGAAUCGGUGGAUAACUUUUAUCGAGGAACCCGAGCUGCCUUGAUUGGUGGCACAACCACCAUCAUUGAUUGUGUGAUCCCGGAUGAUUCCGAGGAAUCUCUCAUCGAUGCCUUCAACAAAUGGAAAGGUUGGGCCGAGGACAAGGUAUGCUGCGAUUAUGCCCUGAGAGUGGCAUUACCCGGUGGGGAAUUGACCGAGUCUAAAAAGCAGGAAAUGGAAACUCUGACGGGAGAAGAAUUUGGGGUCAACACGUUUCAUCUUGCUAUGUCUGGGAAGGCCAAAAUGUCAGAUCUGGAUUUGAUUGAAGCGUUCCAGCACUGCCGUACUAUUGGGGCGUUGGCUCAGGUACACCCCGAAUCAGGCGAACUUAUUGCCCGGGAAGAGAGAUCGCUUUUAGCCCGCGGGAUCACGGGGCCAGAGGGGUUUGCCAUGGCUCAUUCCGAGUUGGCAGAGGAAGAGGCCACCAUGCGAGCCACUACAUUGGCCAACCAAGUGGGUUGCCCAAUCUAUGUUGGGCCUGUUAUGAGCCUGUUGGCUGCCGAGAUCAUUCAAAGGAAGAAACGAAGAGGUCAAGUGCUGUUCGCUGAAACCACACCAGGAGCUUUAGCUUCCACUGGCGAGGAUUAUUGGAACCAAUGUUGGCGCCAUGCCGCGGGAUUUGUGUGUGCUCCACCAAUCCGGCGAGGCCAGCACGAGGCUCUCCUUCAGUUUGCAUGUCAGGGAGAGAAUGAUGGGUUCGAUUGCAUUGCCAGUGACCAUUGCACCUUUAACGGCAAACAAAAGGCUUUUGGGAAAGACGACUUCACCAAAAUUCCCACUGGCGUGAAUGGGGCUGAAUCGAGAAUGUCGGUUUUGUGGGAGAAAGCCGUUCAUUCGGGAAAAAUGGAUCCAACUCUGUUUGUGGCUCUUACCAGCAGCAUUCCGGCCAAACUUUUCAAUCUAUAUCCAUCCAAAGGCCGUAUAGAGGUGGGUGCUGACGCGGAUGUGUUGAUUUGGGAUCCUGAAAGCACGUACGUCAUUUCUGCCAAGGAUCAUCAACUUAAAGUCGACUUCAAUAUUUUAGAAGGCAUGAUUUGCCAUGGCAAAGCCGAUACCGUGAUCAGUCAAGGCCGCGUUAGCGUCGAUGAUGGACAGAUUCGGGUGAUGCAAGGUGCCGGAAGAUUUCUACCGCUCCCACCGUUCGCCAAGCAUGUUUACGACAAAGUGACUGCCAAAGAGGAGGCGGAUAAUCACUUCCCCACGGGGGUGGCCCGUACAGAAACUGAUAUGGCCAUCAUGAACGGGGGCGAUAUCCCUCCUCCCACGCCCCCAAAGCAAGACCAGGCUGAACCGGCCCCGAGUCAACAACAAACUACUUUCGACCUCCGAUCUCAUCCAGAUGUCCCUGAUUUCGAUAGCUCUGCACGGAGCAGUCCUCAACGAUCCUCGGUGCGAGUUCGAGCUCCACCGGGAGGUAAAUCCUGUGGUGGUUUCUGGUAGAGACAUUGCCCACCUGCCAAUUAUCACACCUAUCGCAAAGUCUUGCUCUUUCCUCGCAAUUUCGUGCACACCCUCCCAGAGGAUGAGACUAGCAUUGGACAAUUCUAUUGAUGGAUUAAUUAGCCAAGUCAUCUUAGUGCGCAGCACGCAAAAGUAAUUCGUGAUCGAUGUCAUCGUCGUCGACGAGGGAAAAGAUGCUCUCGUGAGCGAUGAGUAGAGUUCAACUGGAGCAACACCGACACAACAGUUGUACUGCUAUAGAAAGUGAAUCAAGCGUGCUUGCGUACGUGUGUGCUAGAUGGUUGGAUGGAUGGAUGGAUGGAUGGAUGGAUGGAUGGCUAGUUGGUUGGCUGGAAGAGGAGGCCUUUAAAUUUCAUUUGCUUUGUUUCCCAUUCGUUUCAAUCUAGUGUGUCAAAUGCUCCUUGAAAAUGUAUUACGUAGAAUAGAGCAGAAUCUCGAGCCCAGCAAGAAGGGCAACAACAGCCGGAAGACAGAAAAAAUACGAAAUCGAGUCAUUUGGUUUUAUCAGUCUAGUUUCAUUUGAGUGCUUCCAUUAUUACCAAUCUUUAUCAUUUCAAAUCAGAAUAAUGAAUAAAAUCAUUCUCUAUUGUGGA